UCCGGGUCACGGUACAGAUUUGUCAAAUAGCCCGUGCAUGGCAUGGUUGUCAGGAUUGCCUUCGAUUAGGUGGACAUUUUUUUAUCAGCCUGUAACAGAAGUUAAAGAGUAAGGAGUAAUCCCAUCUUCUCCGUCCAUUCCAACAGCUGUCCUCACUCCUCGGAGAGCAAGUUCGUUUUCCACCUUUGUCAUUGCUCGGUUAUUAGCUCACGAGUUUUAACGUAGCUCUUUUUUUUUUGAAAAUGGCGGAUCUACCACCAGAGAAGAGCCUGGACGAUUUCUUCGCCAAGCGGGAUAAAAAGAAGAAGAAAGAGAAAGGAAAGGGCAAAGAGCCCACCGUCGGGCCCACGUCGGCUGUGAUAAAAAAGACGAAGAGGGAGAAGGAAAAAUCCGCUAAAAACGACAAUCAAGACGCGCAGAUUGAAAAGAAGGAUGAGGAAUGGAAAGAGUUCGAGCAGAAAGAAGUUGACUACAGCGGCCUCCGGCUGCAAGCUCUGCAGAUAAGUGACGAGAAAGAGGAGGAGGAGUACGAGAAGGAGGAGGUUGGUGAGGAUGGAGAGAUCAUUCUGGUGAGCAGAGACAAUAUGUCAGGUCCCUGGAAUAAGUCCGGUGCUACUCCGACUCCUGCUGCUGCACCUGUCGAGGAAGUAGAGGAGCCUGAGUCGAAGCCUUCUGGUGUAUAUCGCCCUCCGGGGGCCCGGCUGACCACCACCAGACGAGCCGCCACCCAGGGGCCUCCUGAGAUCUUCAGUGACACGCAGUUCCCCUCUCUACUGGCCACCGCCAAGCACGUGGAGACACGCAAGGACAGAGAAAUGGAGAAGACCUUUGAGGUGGUGAAACACAGGAACCGCGGUAGAGAGGAGACCGGCGGCACCGCCUCUAUGCAGCAGUUGCAGCUCGACAACCAGUACGCCAUCCUGGGGGAUAAGUAGAGCCGCUCCCCUCCGUCCCCUGGCCCCUUCAGCAAGGUCCCGCCCAGCCCCUCAAAGGAAGCUGAACUCCAGCUGUGUUGACUGCAGUCCUGACGGAGCUCACCUUGCCACCAUCACCACACUGGUUACACACGCACACAUACAACCACACACAGUGACACUCCCUUUAAAUCAAAAGUAACACACUUUACAGACAUUGGUUGGCAAAACUGAAGGACUGCGUCUGAAGGGGCUGAUGAAAGAGGGAAUAAUUGAAAAGGAAUUGGCAAAAAUACACCCAAACGUACAAAACUGCAGCAGCAACAACAGACUUUGUGGAUUGUACUCAGAGCAGCAGUUGUGUGGCGCAACUUUUCUCUGGACUUCAACUUGCUUCGAUAAAGCCACGGAGGAUAACUUUAGGCGAGAUGAUUUUACAAACUUCUGUGAAAAUAUCUAUUUUUUUGCAAGAUCGUUACGACCCAAUCGCACAUGGUAUUUUGGGGUGUGUUUUUGAGUUGCGGUGGGGAGCUUCGGGAGAUGCUACCACAGCAGCAGAGCUGGUGGUGACGAUGUGGACUGAACUUUUUUUUUUUUUUUUUUUUUUGCUGUGGUGGCGAACGGGGAAAACACCAGCCUUCCCUUCCCAUAUACAAGCGGCCAUCAGGCUCUUUACUUUAGAAACCUGAAGCUUUGUUCAUUUCCCUUCAUGAUGACGACGCUCUGCGAAGAUCUAUGGACAAGAAGCGAUAGGUUGUGGUCCUCCAGUUAGAAUUUCUAUAUAAAGUGGCCUUACUGAUAGAAACUGCUUUGUCAUCUGAAGAGAACUUUGCUUGUUGUCUGACGGGCUGCUGCCUGCCUCUGGAUCUCAACACUUUGUGACAAAAAACACAUACGAAAAUAACCCUUCUGUUCAAGAAUGUAGUGCUGUUGUAGUUUGCCUGGCGAUUGCAACGACUAACUGUCUUUUAUAUCCACUGUUUGAUUUUGCUGCCCCUACUUCAUUUUGGUCUUUUUAGACAUCAGAUAAAUAAAUUAAAGCUGGUUUCUAAUC